AUGUUCCAGUGCCUUGGUAUUGGCACAGUUGAAACUGGUGGCUGUGGAGAAGACUGGUGGCAUCCCGAAUGUUUAAUAGGGCUACCUCGUAUUGCGAGCACUGAUAAAGAAGAGGACGAAGACUUGCCUUUACCACCCGGGUUUCCUGAUGAGGAUGACUUUGAGACGUUUAUAUGUUAUAAAUGCUUGGACUCUAAUCCGUGGCUAAAGCGGUAUGCGGGGACACCCGGAUUUCUCCCUCCAGUGUACCUCAAGGACACGGUGCUGGGAGAUUCGGGCAAGUCACUAAAAGACAGGGGGAACCAUACUCCUGACCCACUCGCUAUCCCGCGCAAAAAGAGAGCACUUGAGGAUGAAGACUCUAUCGAGCCAGGCGUGAAACGAGCAAAACAGGAGUCCUCAACGCAUUUGGUUGAACCCAACACUCAAACGACAAAGACGAAGGAAAAACACGAUUUGCUUCCAUUGGAUAUCCCUGAAAGGCAGUUUUCGCUCUUCGUCAAAGAAGACUUCCGCGAUCACUUGUGUAAAUGUGUGGAAUGCUUCCCUAAUCUCGAACCCAACCGUCAACUCCGUGAGGAAGAAGAUGUUUACGAGCCCCCACUAUCUGAAGAUGGUGAUGGACAGAAUGCUAACAAUAGUGCCGGAAGCAUUCACACUGGGAGUCUCCUGGACAGAGGCGAAGCUGCACUUAGCAACUUGGACCGAGUCAAGGCGAUCGAAGGGGUCAUGGUUUAUAAUCAUCUUCGUGACAAAGUGAAGGAAUUCCUGAAACCAUUCGCUGAGAGUGGCCAAGCGGUUGGAGCAGAAGAUAUUAAAUCCUAUUUUGAGAAACUCAGAGGUGAUGACCAAGCCAUUCGAGAGGCCGGUGGGAAGCCCUCUACUUCUCGCGAUGAAGACGAGGUAGAGGAUGACAAAAAGGGAGACAAUCGAAGAGAACAGAGUGGUAAGUAG